AUGGCUGGAUUACGAAUUUUUGACAUGAUGCUCCAAAAUGGAAUAGAUCCUGAUAUUGUUAUAUACAAUGUUCUCAUUAAUGCUCUAUUCAAGGAAGGUCGCUUGGAAAAUGCUUUGGAACUUUUCAGGAAAGUUUUUGAGUGUGGACCAGAACCUGAUAUUGUGACCUACAACACAGUAAUCUGUGGAUAUUGCUCUUUCAAAAUGUUGCAUGAGGCAGCUCAACUUUAUGAGGAGCUGAAAUUCAGACGGAUUGAACCCAACGCCAUUACUUUUUCUGUUCUGAUCAAUGCAUUAUGUAAAGAAGGAAAAAUGGAGGAUGCGAAGUCGUUAUUUUCGGCAAUGCUGGAAAAAGGUCCAGAACCUAAUGUGGUUACGUAUAGUUGUUUAAUUGAUGGCUACUUUAAGGCCUGUAAUAUGAGAAAUGCCUUUGAGCUUCAUGAAAAGAUGCUUGAGAAUAGUAUCUCUCCCAAUAUUGUGACUUACAGCAUCCUGAUUGAUGGUCUAUGCAAAAGGGGACUGAUGGAAGAAGCAUCUUUUACCUUUCAUCAUGCUUUAGAGAGGCAUUUGUUACCUGAUGUCAUAACGUAUGGGAUCCUCAUUCACGCAUUCUGCAAGGUUGGGAGAUUAGCAGAUGCCAUGAUGUUUUAUGACCGCAUGUUGGGAGAAGGCAUCAUGCCAGAUGCAUUUGUGCAGAGAAUACUUGCUGUAUAUCGUCUUCAGAAUAACCAGACAGAAAAACUGUGUACUCAACUGAAGCAUGUGCAGAGGACAUCUUCCCAUUCAUAGUUGAGAAAUGGCUGGUUUGGAGGAAGUUAGUCUCAUGGUGAAUGAUUUUUCACUGUGUGUUCUUCCUGGAGAGUAACUAUAUCCAUACAGACUAUUGUUUAGGAAGCUGAUUUAUAUGUGUAAUUACUCAACAAUUCAUGCAUAUGAAUACUGUAUUCACAUUUUUCAUGUAAAAGACAGAAGAUACUUGUACUGUAGCAAUGUGUUAUAUCAAAUUGUGGGCACGUAUGGUGAAUUGCAAAUGAG